AUGGAUGCCCAUAACGUCUCGUACGGCGUCAUCGGCAAUAACGUGAGAGUUGGAGGUGUCAACCGCGCUGUAGCUAGUCGUGAGAGGAGUUCAGUUCUACAUCUUCUUUUGGAUCAUCAGUUAGUGUUCGUGGGACAUGAAGAAAAACUUGGGUCUCUUCAUAACGGAAAUUAUUUAAUGACGCUGGAACUCAUAGCGGAGUUUGAUCCGUUUUUAAGUAAACAUAUUGCUCAAUAUGGCGGCAAGGGAAAAGGAUGUACCAAUUACUUGAGUUCUACAAUAUGUGACGAAUUUAUUGAGUUGAUGGCAAACAAAAUUUUAACACAAAUAAAAGAUGAAAUCAAGAUAUCAAAAUAUUAUUCAAUGAUAGUGGAUUCAACACCAGAUAUUUCCCACAUUGACCAAUUAACUCUCGUGAUCCGGUAUGUUAAAGCCGAUGGUACGCCCGUUGAACGUUUUCUGAAGUUUAUCGCACACGUCGGCCACAAAUCACAAGACAUGGCAGAUGCUAUAAUUAAAACAUUAGACAUGUUUGAAAUUAAUAUAUUAGACUGUAGAGGCCAGUCGUAUGAUAACGCUGCAAAUAUGUCUGGCAUAUACAAUGGAUUACAGGCGAAAAUAAAAGAACUAUGUCCCCUAGCAGAUUAUAUACCCUGCUCCGCACAUUCACUGAACCUAGUGGGUGAAUGUGCCGCUGAAUGCGUUCAAGAAGCUUGUUGGUUCUUUGGUCUCCUUCAAGAAAUUUACACAUUUUUUACAGCUUCAACUCAAAGAUGGGAAACUCUACAACCACAAAUACGUCUAGGUAAUGAUAAGAAAAAUAAACCUACUGUCAAAAAUCCAUCUGACACACGCUGGUCAGCUCGAGCAGAUGCUUGUAAAAGCUUAAAAGAGUCAUUUUCAGAAAUUCACGAUGCUUUGAUUGCUAUCGAAAGCAAUCCUGCGCAAAAACGUUCUACUGUAUGUGAAGCUAAAGGUAUAAGGUUCAAAUUAGAACGGCUAGAAACUGCCUUCAUGACCGUGUUUUGGAGUUUUAUUUUGGUUCACAUGAACAAAAGCAACAAAAAAUUGCAAUCCGUUGAUAUUGAUAUUUGUACUGUUGUUCAAUUGUAUGACAGUAUAAUUCACAUAAUUUCUACAGAAAGGGGAAAUUUUGAUAAAUAUGAACAGCAAGCCUUGGAACUGUCAUUAGUAAAAGAAUAUGAAAAGGACACAAAGAGGAUACGGAAGAGAAAGCUCACAGCAGAUGAAUCUGCUGAAGAUAUAACUUCUUCAUUAUCGGGUCGGGAAACAUUCCGAGUAACAGUAUAUCUAGGAAUUAUAGACCGAAUUGUCGUUGAACUUGAAAAGAGACGAAAAGC